CCAUCCUUUUCCCUUGCACCAGUGUCUUCCGUUCUCUUUUGUUCCCUGUGUUGUUUGUUAGCUUCUCGUUGUGCUUAAGUGUAUCUGUAAUCCAGUGUUGAGAAAGCAAGUAGAAAGGGUGCAGGGAAAGGUUCAAUGUAUUUCGCCAGGAUUUGUUGUUCACAUAUCUUGUCUGGUUGGGUGGAGGCAUUUGUGGCCAGUCAGGCCCCCAUCUACAUGAAUCAGGCUCCUCCACAUAUGUCUAGACCAUCUAUUAUUCUCAAGCUCAUUUUGGGGCUGAUCUGGGGCAUCAUCCACUUGGCAAUCAGCCUUUUGAAUUUAUGGUCUCUUCUGAUUUAUAAUCUAGAAUGCUAUAUUAUUUCGUCUGGGUUGUUGCGGAAGUAUCGGUACCUCCACCUGGAUCGACUGAAGUACUUGGCUAUUGUGGUGGAUAGCAAAGAAGCUAAAAAUACCGUGAAGAUCAGGCAGCUAUUGUGCUGGCUCUCAACUAUGGGUGUGAAGUAUAUAUGUCUCUACGACAUUGAGGGAGUCCUGAAGAAAUCAUUUAAACCGGCUAUGGAGGAUUCAAGAGAUAGGAAGGCAGGAGAAUAUCUGGUAAAUGAGAGUUGGUACUGUUGUAACGAAGACCAGUAGCAGUUUACUCCCUCCACCAUUUUUCUGCUACUGAGUAUACUACUAAGUUCAUCGCCACACCCCGACUCUGUAUUUCCCUUGUACAAGAUCGGAAGUGUCACUGACGGAAUAUACGGGAUCAUAUCCCUUUGUAAAAGUCGCAUCAACAGUACUGAUUAAUGAACCUGCCCUCGACUAAGGAUGGCGGAUCGGUUUCA